UACGAUCUUCUGGCUACUUGUUUAAUGGCAGCGUACACAUUGGCCACGCUUGCCUUUUGAAAAGCAGCACUUUUCCUGACUUUUCUCAACAUAUCACACUUUUUUUUUCUCUAGCCAUGUCUGGGCGACAAAACAACAAAUUACCGAACAAUUUGCCGCAACUUCAGAAUUUGAUAAAAAGAGAUUCGCAGUCUUACGUUGAUGAGUUUUCACAGCAGUACCGACACUAUCAGUCCAAUGUGCAGAUCUUCAAAUUGCAGCCUGACAAACCGAACAAGGAGCUGGCAGAGCUUGUUAUGUUUCUUGCUCAGGUUGGUCACUGCUACACGCAGGAGCUGUCAACAUUUCCAAAGGAGCUGUCUGAAUUAUUAAUGACUUACCACACAGUCUUGGAGCCUGAGCUACGAAUGACUUUCUGCAAAGCGCUGAUUCUUCUGAGGAAUAAGGAUCUGAUAGAACCCACGAGACUCCUGGAGCUGUUCUUUGAGCUGCUGCGAUGUCAUGACAAGUUGCUUAGGAAGACUCUAUACACACACAUUGUAGCAGACAUAAAAAACAUCAAUGCAAAACAUAAAAACAAUAAAGUCAACACGAUGUUACAGAACUUCAUGUACACCAUGCUGAGAGACAGUAAUCCCAUUGCUGCAAAGAUCUCUUUAGAUGUGAUGGUGGAACUUUAUAAAAGGAAUAUUUGGAAUGAUGCUAAAACAGUUAACAUCAUUACAACAGCGUGCUUCUCCAAGGUGACUAAGAUUCUUGUUGCUGGCCUUAAGUUCUUCCUGGGCAAAGAUGAAGACGAUAACAAGGAGAGUGAUUCGGAAUCGGAGAAUGAGGGACCAUCAGCACGAGAUCUGAUGGUGCGAUACUCCACCGGCAAGAAAACCUCCAAAAACAAGAAGAAGCUGGAAAAGGCCAUGAAAGUCCUCAAGAAACACAAGAACAAGAAAAAAGCUGAAGUCUUUAACUUCUCUGCGAUUCAUCUCAUUCACGAUCCUCAAGAUUUCUCCGAGAAGCUCUUGAAGCAGUUGGAAGACUCUAAGGAGCGCUUUGAAGUGAAGAUCAUGAUGAUGGAGCUCAUAUCCCGUUUGGUUGGAAUCCAUGAGCUCUUUGUCUUCAAUUUCUAUCCCUUCAUCCAGAGGUUUCUGCAGCCCCAUCAGAGAGAGGUGACCAAGAUUCUCCUGUGUGCGGCCCAGGCUUCCCACCAACUUGUGCCUCCUGAGAUCAUCGAACCUGUGAUCAAGACCAUUGCCAACAACUUUGUGACGGACAGGAACUCUGGGGAGGUCAUGACUGUCGGUAUCAACGCCAUCAAGGAGGUGGCAGCUCGCUGUCCGCUUUCCAUCACUGAAGACCUGCUGCAGGACUUGGCCCAGUACAAAACCCACAAAGACAAAAAUGUGAUGAUGUCUGCCAGAGGACUGAUUCAGCUGUUCAGGAAUCUCAAUCCGCAGAUGCUGCACAAAAAAGACAGAGGGAGACCCACAGAGGCGUCAGCAGAGGCCAAGAUCAAAGAAUACGGAGAGCUCGAGGCUAAAGACUACAUUCCUGGAGCUGAAGUCCUGGAAGAGGAGGGGGAGAACAAAGAGGGAGAGGAGGAUGAAGACGGCUGGGAGAGCGCCAGUAUUAGCGAUGAUGGUGAAGAUGGGGAGUGGGUGGACGUUCACCACUCAUCUGAUGAAGAGGCAGGAGAAGUGGCUGAGAAACUUCAGAGUAUGGCACCUGAAGAAAGAAAAGCCAAGGCAGCUGCAGUCAGUGUCAGCAGACUCCUCACUCAAGAUGAUUUUAAGAAAAUCCGUCUGGUCCAAAUGGCCAAAGAGGUCAACGCUGCCCCAGGGAAGGGCCAGAAGAGGAAGAACGUGGAAAUCGACAGUGAAGAUGACGACAAAGGGGAGCUGCUGUCGCUGAGAGACAUUGAGAAGCUGCACAAGAAACCAAAAGCAGACAAGGAGACACGACUCGCAACAGCAAUGGCGGGACGGACUGACCGGAAGGAUUUCGUCAGAAAGCGGAACAAACUAAACCCACAUGCCAGCACGAGCAACAAGGAGAAGAGGAGAAACAAGAACUUCAUGAUGAUGAGACACAGUCAGAACGUCCGAACUAAAGGCAAACGCUCUUUCAGAGAGAAACAGAUCGCUUUGCGGGACGCCCUCCUGAAAAAGAAGAAACAAUACAAAUAGGACACGUGUUCCUCGUUGUGGCCUUCAGCUGGCCACCACAAACCUGAACUUUGACUGUGUCAAAUAAUACUGUACAUUGUUUAAGCGCCUGUAAACCUUUACUAUGUCGGCAUAUUUGUUUUCAGCAAAUAAAGUGCUUAUAUUUUCA